AGGAAACUAAUAUAGAUGGUAUAAAUGAUAACAGUACACCCAUUUCACUCUUUUCCAAACUACCUGUGGUCUCCUGUUAAUCCAUUUUCCAUUUCCCGCAAAAGAAAUCAGAAAUAUUUUCUCGGCAUCCAAACACCAAUUUUUCAUCAUCAUGUGGAUCGAGAUCCUCUGCGGACUAAUCGCUUACAAGUUAUUCCGGCGCUUUUUCUCCGACGACGACGACGUUUUGGAAAUCGAAACCUCUGAUACCAGCGCUCUCUUCAACGUCGCUAAUAAACUUGAAAAGCUUUACGAAGGAAAGGUAUAUGUUGGGCUUCGAAUUCCAGAUGCUGAUACCGGUUCGCGACAGAAUGUGGAUAUGGUGCUUGUUACCAAAGGGGAGGCAGUGGUGAUAUCUGUGAAGAAUUUCUCAGGAUUUGUAUCAAUCAGUGGUGAUGGUAGCUGGGUUUGUGAAGGUAGCAGUAAACACAAGGCCCAGCGUUAUCCUGAUCCUGUGGAGGAGGCAAAGAAACAAUCUUCAGUUCUUGAAUCAUAUCUUGAACAAAGAGGAGUUUCUCUUCCAGAAGGAUAUUUGUCGUACAAAGUUGUUCUUCCCAAUCCAAAGUUCUGGACUGUUCACUCAAGCUAUUUCCCAUCUGAGGUCAUUACUUAUGACCAAUGGUUACAGUUGAAACCAGAACCCAAAAGUAUGUUUUCUGGUUGGAUUAAGGGUGCCUUUCGUGGUGGAAAGAAAGAGAUGCAGGAAUCUAUACAUGAGAAGCUUAAUUUCAUUCUGAGCACUGCUCCAAUGUGGGAUAGGUUGGAGCUUAAAGGUAACAAAUAUGUCUUAGGAGAAUUUCUGGAAUUUAAAGGAAAGGAAGAAGAUAUCACAGCUUUGAGAAACAUCAAGAGAUCAAAAGUGGGUCGUCUUGUUGUCCAAAAGACAAGCAUGUUGGGACUGGCUAAAUCAAAGCUUCAAGUUUUGUACUCUCCUCGAGAUUAUCGAAGCAAAGGUGCUUCAGGUUCCGAGUGGAAAGAAGUGACAGUAAGGUCAAGCACUGAGGUCUUAUUUCAGCCAGAGGACAGCAAAAAAGUCCGCAAAUUCAAGCUUUCUUCAAUCAUCUCCAUGACGCUAAGUGCCUGAAGAUAUUUCUACUGAAUGUUUACCUUCAUUUCCGAAAUCGAAGGAGGUAUCUGAAGGCUUGUUAUAUGUAUAGUGUGGGCUGGUGGGGUUAUUAUAAUAAUCUAGCUCAUAUCAGAUUAAUUUUCUUAAGAGACGAGAUUCAAAAUAUAGCAAUUUAUUAUUUAUAAUUAGUUUCAAUAAUACCUGACAUCAAUCCUUUGCUAGUAUCUGUUACAGUGUUACUAAAACAGUGAAGAAAACAAAAAAUGAAAGGAAGAAAUAUGUUUUUCUUCUUCACUUGUAGGAAGUCCACUUAUCCUGGACCCAAUCCUGAUGAGGCCUCAAACAAGAAACAUGGUACUCCAUAUGGUCACCAGUUGUCGGAAAGUAGACAGAGUAACAGCACCCUGUUUUGCCAGUAAUCGUGCCAAACCACCAUCCAUCAUUAUCAAAAACCUCAACCAACUCAUCCACCAAAUACCCUCGCUCGUUCACUACUGGCGGAGGGAGUGGCCGGACUUCAUCAUGCCGGACCUUCUCUACCAGAGGCUUGUUCUCGUUCUUCUCCUCUACCAGAUUCUUGUACUCAACUUCAUAGAACACUUGUUUGUUGUCAUAAAUGGGGUUGAGGAUAGUUGCUUCAUAGAAAGAGCCAACGAAACCUUCUUCCUUGCUGCAUACUUCUACCUUCUGAUUUUUAAGAAACUUCAUUUUUUGCACAGAAAAAUAAAAUUCUCUGAAGAAUGUGAUCAUAUUGGUUUCUUGAACUUGAAUUGUAUAUAUAGUAGUAGGUCGGUUCGUUCCUUUCCUAGUUGUAUUUGGAAUUGAAAGAGGAGGUUUAUGUAUUUUAUUUUUAUGGU